AUGGACAACCGUGGUCAAGCUCGAGGAAGCCCUCGAGGCGGAGGGUUCUCCGCGAAUCGUGGUCAAGCUCGAGGAAGCCCUCGAGGCGGAGGGUUCUUCGUGAAUCGUGGUCAAGCUCGAGGAAACCCUCGAGGCGGAGGAUUCUCCCCGAAUCGUGGUCAAGCUAGAGGAAACCCCCGAGGUGACCGACAUUCUCCACGCACCGGCGGCCACCCUCCCCUUCGCAACAGCCCUCAGGCCGGAGCUGGAACUCGUGGACCGUUUCCUAAUGAUUGUCCUGGUAGCAAGGAGUCCUGGUCUAACAGUGAAAAGGAAAGUCCCCAGCAAAUGUCACCGAGUAGCUUCUCAUAUUAUUCUGAGCAUAAGUCUGCCUUCAGUAAUUCACAUCGGCAGGAAUGGCAUCUGUCUGGAAGAAAAGACACACUUCCCCGUGUGGAGAGUUUGAAAGAGGGACAUGAAUCAACUGAGUCUGCGAGCGUUAGACAAAAAGGUUUAAAGUGCUCAGUUGGUCCAGAUUCAAGCCAUGAAGGAGAUUUUCCUUUGGGGGUAGAGAGAAUGCAUAUAGGAGAAACCCCGAGCGAUAUGACAGGGUAUGGUGAAACUUCUCUUGCCUCCAAAUCUGAAGCCAGCAGUGGGGCUUUGCCUAUUAACAGUUCUGUAAAUAUAACCGGCCAUCAGAACCCAGAGCUUUCUGAACACUUGGCUUUUGAUUUAUGCCCAACUAAAGCUGGGAGUGGUGUUACCCUAAAGCCUCCUCUGCUAGUACAGAAUAGAGAAAGGCGGAAUGAAAUCAAGCGCUCCAUGGAACAGCAAAAUGGUAGUGUUUUAGAGUCUGGAAUGGUUCUUUUAAAGGGUUACCUUUCCCUCAGUGACCAGAUCAAUAUAGUGAAGCAAUGCCGAGCCUUGGGUUUGGGUCCUGGAGGUUUCUACGAACCUGGUUACCGUGAUGGAGCAAAGUUGAAUUUGAGGAUGAUGUGCCUUGGUAAGAAUUGGGACCCUGAGACGAGCUAUGGAGAUCACCGAACUAUUGAUGGUGCUAAACCGCCCAGUAUUCCUGUUGAAUUCUUUCGGUUGGUUAAAAGUGCAAUCGAAGAAUCCCAUUCCCUUAUAAGAAAAGAUUCUAAAGUUAGCAAUUCCGAAAGCAUACUUCCAUGGAUGUCCCCAGACAUUUGUCUAGUGAAUUUUUACUCAUCAUCUGGGCGACUUGGUCUUCAUCAGGAUCGUGAUGAAAGUGCACAAAGUCUCGAUAAAGGUUUACCGGUUGUCUCCUUUUCUAUUGGAGAUACUGCAGAAUUCUUGUACGGCGAUCAAAGGGACGUUGAGAGGGCAAAUAAGGUUUUACUGGAAUCUGGAGAUGUUUUGAUAUUUGGUGGAAAAUCAAGACAUGUCUUUCAUGGUGUAGCGUCUAUACAGCCAAAUACUGCUUCUAAGACCCUACUGGAAAAAACAAAUAUCCGGCCUGGCCGUCUGAAUCUUACUUUUAGACAGUAUUGA